AUGGCGGUCACCGUCUUACCGGCCAGCUCUUUGACAGAGUCCGUUAAACAGGCCCUCCGUUCAACAACUACAUGUUCGGACGCUACCGUGUUGUCCCUCCAAUCACUCCUCCGCGGGUCGCCAAAGAUGCCCGAGAAACCCACGAAACGCACAAAAUCGACAAGAGAACCGCCUGGGACCCCGAGUCGAACGAGAACUACCCGCGCAACGAAGACGAAACCAGCGAAUGAUGUCGCGCUGCAAUCAUUAGCUGACCACGAGGCCGCGGCUUUGUCAUGUCAGGAGAAGCUGGUCUUUGCUACGGAGGUGUUCAAUGCUACAUUAAGGACCCUCACGGAUGCCGCAAAGAUAUCUACAGCAAAGCGCCAGAGUAGUGCCUCCGAUACUGCCAAUGGCCCCGACGCGGGCAUCGUCUCGGCUGCGGAGUGCGCCAGGCUUUCUUUGUCAACACUGCGAACUCUUAAAAAUGACUCUGGGAAUGACCAGUUCCCGAACUUGCAGCUUGAGCAGGGACUGUGUGUUCUUGCGGGCAAGCUUAUCUCCUUGGGAUUGAAUGACAUGGCAUAUAAAGAGCUGAGACUUUUGAAGCGGAGAAUCCAACAAUAUCUGGACGGUGGAAAGGCCGGGAAAAAGACUACAGAGGCGAAAGAAAUGGGGGAGGAAGAAGCUUCGAAAGAACGGAUGUCGGAUCUCUUGACGUUCGCUCACAUCUCGAACGCCAAAUCGCUGUACGGCUUGCUUGUUCCUUUUCACUCGAAUGUGAUGCGGCUAUUUGCUACGGAUAGGAGAGCAUCCACAAUCCAGAAGGUCUAUCCUUCUUUGCAGCUUUCUGAUUUGAGUAGUCCUGCUCAAGUAAUUUUGGCUGCCAUGAAAUCGGGUCAACUGUCAAACGACAAAGCUGCUCUUCAACUCCAGUUACUAUCAAAUACAGUUCUAGCGCUUUGCUCGGGGUCAUCUUUCUCGAAGGAUGAGGCCUCGAAUAGUUUGAAGCCCAUCACGUCAUUAGCAUUACAACUACUCUCGCUCGAGGUUCGAUGUUUGAGCUGGAAGCUGUCCGGUCAUGUCUGUGAUGAAAGCAAAGAAGUGUUCGAUCCUUUGCUUCGCUAUUUUGGUAGCUUCUCUCACCGGAGCAAGGGUAUUGAGAAGGCCGACUUUGCUACGAUCUACAAGACGAUUACCCGGUUGCAAACAUCCAUUGCGGAGGUUAAGAAGAAGACUUCGGAAACACAAAACGCCAAUCAGUCUGCGAAGCUCAUGACUAUUCUCGGUCAGCUCGCUUUCGACGCGGGCUGCUUUAACGAAUCUAUGAAGCUGUUUACACAAGCCAUUAACCCCCUCUCAAAAACUCAGUCUCUUUCGCUGGCAACAGUUCGGUGUAAAAUCGCAUCUGUCCAUUUCCAGGCCUCAAAGACAUCGAAAAAAUUCCUGGACGGAGCUUUGGAUUCUGUCUCGGAGGCGACUCAGUCUCUAGGGCUGCAAUUAAGAGGCAGCGCGAAUGAUCUAGAUGAACUGCUGGUGGAAGCUGCGAGAUUGAAGAAGCUGGCCCUUGCGUGGUUCGGAGAGGCUAUCACAAAAAGUACUGAAAGUGAGAGCGAGAAGAACGAAGUUGCUAGUCAGAUCAGAGAAUAUCUACAAGCGUUCAUCAGGUUCCUCAGACGUUAUGUCGGGCGCCAGCCAACAGAAGAUAGUGACGAAAAGGAUAUUGAGAUGUUCAACAAACGCAUUUCAAUUUCCAGGAGCAUCAUUCUAGCUGCAAUUGAUUCGGCUGUCGCAAUUGGGAAGCUCUCUAUCAUGUCUCAGAGGCCACCCUGGGAAGACAUGCUCCCAAUUUUGACUGAUUGCCACCGGCUACUUUCCACUAUCGAAACUCCCAGUGAGCCAAGCGAAGAGACAACAGAAAAUCUAGAAAUGGCACUUGUCAAGCUUUCGAACCUGUUCUGGUCUCGAUAUAUCAAAGAAAAAGAGGCUGGACAAGGUUAUCGGGAGCUUAUACCUCUUCUCAAACAAUCUACCCAGAUGCUUUCAAGCUGCUCGCCUUCUCAACGCAACACGGCAUUUGCAGCCCUUAAGUUCGAGAGAAUGGCCCAUCUGUACAUCGACGGCAAUAUGUACAUUGAAUCAGAGCAGAUGUUCCGAAAAUCGAUUGAAGAAUACAUCCUCUCUGGCACUCUGAAGCAGAUCGUCAAGAGCAGCGGAGGACACAAUCCAAGUUCGGUCAACCAGGAUCCUAAGAGUCCCAGUUUCAUGCUUGGCCGUGUAUUAUCCGCCUUCCUGAAGAUGAAGCUGCGCAGGAAGGGAUCUCACCCCUCUAUUGUCUAUGACGAUGUUGAACUAGAAUUUGAACAGAGAGGUAUUCUUCUCGAAUGGCAGAUGAACUUGCUUGUUGACAUGCAUAGCUAUUGUUCAAACGAAGAAGAGUUUCGUUUGAUGCUUGGCUCAGCUGUUUCCUCCCUCCUUGAUCUCUACCCUCCUGGUGUUUACCCUAUUCGCCAUUCUCGUGUGAUUCUCUCUGCCUUGCGGCUUCUACUGGAGCAACCUACCGCAUUGGAGUCUUCUUUAAUUGAAACGCUGCUGGAUGCAGGAACAACGGCUCUGGAUAGCGGCCUACAAGUUCGAGAUGACAUUGAUCUUGCCUCAUUUGCAAUUCAUAUAAGCAACUCAUUGCGCGUUAUCAUCGGCUUCCACCGCGGCAAAAUUGACGCAACAGAACUAGAUGAAACGCUUGCGUCGUGGACUUCACUGGCGCGCAAGUCCCAUGAUUGGAAAACACUGCUGCUUUGCAUCAAUGACACGGACUACUGGGUGUUGCAGUUAAAAGCUCUGGUCGAUUAUACUGAAAUCCACGGGCUUUGGAAAGCUCACAUGUGCACCCUGGAACUGAUAUUGCGUGCUGCGGAGCUCCAACAAUCAGGGGAUUUGUCAGACGCCAUCAUCAUUUUGUCGCGUUUGGUACUGCAGAAUUGCCGCCUGGGCUACUGUCAAAAGGCAGGUGACCUCCUCUCCCGCGGUGAGCAGUAUCUUGCUCAAACUAAGGUAUCCUCUCUUGCUACUAUCUCCUACAAAGUUUCACGAGCGGACUAUCUUCUGGAGACCGGAGAGCCUGAGAAAGCCGCCGCCGUUCUUUCAGCAGCCCGCGCACUAUACGAAAAGUGCCAGAAGUCAGAACUAAGCAACUUGACUGUACUGUCAAAAAUCUCAUGGGAAAGACUGGUAGCAGAUGCCGCCUUUGUUCAGUCCAGGUUGUUUUCCGCACAGGGCUCAGCAACCCAGGCUCUCUACUUCGCCAAAUUGUCUGUACGGCUCAACUGCCGCAUAUGGGCUAAGGUUGAGAGGCUCGCCCAAAGGAAGCAAGACAAGUUAUUGCCUGCCGCAGGAAGCUCAGAAGUUGAGGCUGUUGCUGAUGGUAUCUCGAAGCUUGACCUGUCUCAAAACGGGUCUUCCCCGGAUGUGUCUGCCAGCUACGUCCAAGGUGCGCCUUUCUGGCCGCACCUAGGUUCUCACCAUACCUGCUUGUUAAACCUCGCCACAUUAUCUGCCCACCAUGGCUUGUUCCAGGAUGCUAUCUACUAUAGCGAACAAGCGUUGAAGAUUGACAAGACCCUUGAUGCUAAUGCACGCCUCCUCGCGGCGCAGACCCAGCUCGGUUCCCAUUGGAUUAUCAGUGGGCACAUGAUUGAGGGGCAGGACCAUCUCUCUGCUGCGGCCGAGUCUUCUAAGCUAACCCAGAGAAGUAUCGAAACCGUGUCUUUCCAAAUGGCGCUUGCGUCUCUCUACAAGACGCAGGGUGCACAUGACAAGGCACUCCGAGUUCUCCUUGAAGCAGACAAAAUCAUCACAGCGGUCACCUCUGCUGAUGUGCCUGCCGGUUUAGAGGCAUCAGGCAUCGCAGAAAUCGAAGAAAAGAUGGAUAAAUUACGGGUCCGGGCAAGCAGCCGGCGUACCCCAACACCGCGAACCCCGACGCCUACUACGACGACUACCACUCGGCGGACGCGAGCAACCAGUUCCGCUGCUACCAAGACUACGAAGAAAGCCCCAGCUCCAAAACCAACCCUCCCCGAAGUUCAAUCUAAGUCCCUAUUACAACUGAAGGGCAAUAUCCUCAGACAGCAAGCUGAUUGCCUGCGAGAAUUGCGCGACUUUGAGCGAUCUGCGCAAACACUUGCAGCAGCUAGACAAUUUGCUGUAGCCCGAGAAAGCAAAAUCGCUUUGGAAAUUGGUGAAAGUGAGCAUCUGUUGGCUGAUGCGAUUCGCCGUUUUGCCAGCCACGCUGUGUACUGUGUCUUACCUGAAUCUACUAUAUCGCUACCCUCACUCAAAUCACCAAGCAAGACGGCAGAUGACCCUGCUUUACUCCCGACAAAGCCGUCGACAAGGAGAACUAGGGCUCCAGCUAAAACUACGCGCACCAAGGCUCAGCGAGCUAGUGAGGACUUUUCGGUCAUGCUGUCCAAAGCGAGCGAUUGUCUUGCCAGUGUCUUCUCCGACGCCACGAUCCUAGGCUCAACGCUUGAUAGCCAUGCAGCAUCUCGCUUGAUGAGUCGAAUCUCUAUGCUAUCACAUGCGACUUCUCCCGGGAUCCCAGCGACUCUUGCUCAGUCGCCUGCAAAUAUGAAUGAAAUUGGACGUGUUGGCGCAUUUGCCCGCGAACGUAUGGCAAUUGAUAUUGAUCGACAGCUGGCUGAUUUUGCCGAUCCCCUAUUUUGGCCAGCCUCGUUCCCCUCAGCUGUCGAGCUGGACAGUGAUCUUUGCUCCAACUUUACUCAGGAUUAUGUUGAUAUUCUGCCCGAAUCUUGGAAUGUUCUCUCUUUGUCAUUGAGUGCAGACCGUACCGAAUUUGUGGUUUCACGACUCCAAAAAGACCGCUCACCAUUCCUUUUGCGUCUUCCCCUCCACCGAGGAAAUUCGGAAGAUGACGAGGAAGAGCAGUUUACUUUCGAGGAUGGAAAAGAGGAAAUGCAAGAACUCAUCAAGCUUGCCAACGAAAGUGCACAUGCAGCUAAGGCCCAGACGGAUAAGCUGUCGAAGAAGGAAUGGUGGAAGACUCGCGAGGCACUCGAUCGUCGGAUGGAAAACGUCCUCCAGAACAUUGAGAACAUAUGGUUUGGAGGAUUCCGCGGUGUCUUCUCGCCGUUGUCGCGGGAGACCACCGCGCUAGCCCGGUUUGCGAGUACCUUCCAAAGCAUCCUUGACAAGCAUCUUCCUUCUCGGCAGAAAGGUGGCAAGGCCGAUGGACCCCGGCUCACUCUACAUCAGAAUGUAGUUGAUUUGUUCAUUGGGCUUCGUGAUCUUGAAGAGCAAGAAGAGCCCGAAGACACGCUGAUGGAUCUUCUUUACUUUGUUGUGGAUAUCCUACAAUUUCAGGGCGAGCGCAAUGCCUACGACGAGAUCGACUUCGACAUGAUGGUCGUAGAUACGCUCGAUGCCUUGCGAGGCUACCACGAAGCUGCACGCGAUGAACUUGUGGCCCGGCCGCCGAGACACACAAUCCUCGUGCUCGAUAAAGCUCUCCACCUGUUCCCGUGGGAGUCACUUCCCUGUCUUCAAGGAUACCCUGUUUGUCGCGUCCCAUCCCUCGAGUGCCUCCGGGACCGCGUCCUUCAAUUCCGCAAGGCAUCCUCUGGAGCCAUCCUAGACCGCAAAUCCGGGGCAUUCGUCCUUAACCCAACCGGCGACCUGCGCACAACACAAACUACCUUCGAAAAUGACCUCUCCCAGUUCAAAUCCUGGACUCCAAUCGUCCAACGGGAACCAACCGAAGACGAAUUCCGCAACGCGCUAGAGAAGAAGGAUCUAUUCCUCUACUUCGGCCACGGUAGCGGCGCGCAGUACAUCCGCGGCCGCACGGUCAAGCGACUCACACAAUGCGCGGUCACUUUCCUCAUGGGAUGUAGCAGUGGCACUUUGACCGAAGCCGGCGAGUAUGAGCCCUACGGCACGCCGAUGAAUUAUCUUCACGCGGGCAGUCCUGCGCUCGUGGCUACGCUGUGGGAUGUCACGGAUCGAGAUAUUGAUCGGUUUACCACGACUGCCUUUGAUGCCUGGGGUCUUGUCGAGAAGAAGGAUAGGAAGGAUAAGAGUCGCGAAGAGGAUGUUGGGCUUGACACGGCAAUUGCUCGUUCGAGAGGUGCUUGUGUGUUGAAGUAUUUGAAUGGUGCAGCACCCGUUGUUUAUGGAGUUCCGGUGUUUUUAGAGUGA